CAACAUUAUUAUCCGAACAAUCAUUUGAUUAUAUGUUAAUGGAUUAUGAUUGUAUUGAUAAUAAUAAUAAUAAUAAUAAUGGUACAAGUAAUGAUACUGUAAACAAUACAAAUUCAAAUGAUAUGAUUGAUGAUGAUAAUUCGACUGUUGAUUUUCUUAAAAAUCUUGAAGUAUCAGAUGAUGAUACGGAUACAAAAAAUGUUGUCGAUCAAUUGUUUAUGACGACAAAUUUGACGACAACAGAAACUUCAGUACAACAGAAUCAAAAUGUUUCGAAACAAAAUGAAAUAGAUAUUAAACAAGAAUCUUCAAUAUCAGCUACAACGAACAAAGUCAACGUCGAACAAUCUAAUAAGGAUUCAACGCCAAUUUCUGAAAUCCAACCAAACAUAUCAUCAUCGCCUAUGACUAUCAACAAAACUUCAGACAAUCAAAAAGAACAGCAACAAAUCAAUUCAUCAACAUUAUCGUCUACGACGACCACGACAACAACAACUACAUCGAUAAUAUCAUCAUCAUCAUCAUCAUCAACUGUAUCAGCAACACAAACAUCGAUAUAUUUAUCACAAGAUCAAGAUGAAAUGCCUCGACAUACAAUAUGUCCAUUGUGUGAAAAUACACGUUCAUUUUGUUCAAGUUCAUCGGUUACAAGACAUAUACGUUCUGUACAUAAAUUAACCGAUUUAACUGAAGCAAAAUAUUGUUAUUGUUUAUUUUGUCAACAAUUUCAAGAGGAUAUACAUUCAUAUUAUCGUCAUCUUGAACAUGGACAUCAAUUUGAUUUGGAUAGAAAUUUUUCAUUAUUAUUUACAAAAAAAAUUUUUACAUCAAUCGAAGAAUUUCAACAAUGGAAAGAUCAAGAAUUAGAACCACAAACUGGUUGUCGUUAUGAACGAUGUUUUAGUUAUGAUUUUCCUCGAAGUAUUUAUUAUAAAUGUUCCGGUAUACAAUUACAAACACCGAUACAAACUGAAACUGAUGAUCAUACAAAACAACAACAACAGUCGAUUAUAUUGAAAUAUAAUCAGAAUCCUCAAUCUUCAAUUAAUCAACAACAACAACAGGGUACCAUUUCAACAUCUGGUUCACAAACAAUGACCAAAAUAGAAAUGGCUGAUUUAUCGAAAAUAUUUUCCAGUCAACAACAACAACAACAAACAUCUUUAUCAACAUCAUCAUCAUCAUCAUCAUCAAAUCUAGAUAAUUCAGAUAAUUCACAAAGUUCAUCGACAGGAACUUUGGCGAAUGUACAAGGAAUAAAUGUCAGAAUUGAAAAUCAAUAUGAUUCACGUAUGUAUCCAUGCCCUUCAUCGGUUCGUUUAAUAUUCAAAAAAAAUCAUAUACAGGUAAAUUACAUUCCAUUUCAUUUGGGACAUGUAUUAACUUCGAAUAAUACACCGCCAUCAUCAUCAUCAUCAUCUCAACCGUCAAAUGUGCAACAACAAGUGUCCAACAAUCAACAACGAGCUUCAACAACAGCUAUACAGAUUAGUCCACAACAAUUAGCCGGAUUAGCAUCAUCGGGUAAUAUUCAAUUGGCAACAACAACCGGUAUAGGAGGAUCAAAACUUAUUCAUUUACCAUUUCUUAAUUUGGCAACUGUUGGUGGUGGUAAUAUUGUUCUAACGACAGCUAAUUCAAAUCAACAACAUUCAGCGAAUCCGAUUCAGUUAAAGCAACAACAACAACAACAAUCACCAUCAGCAAAAUCGACUGCUCAUUCAUUUCAGGUACAAAUUUCAGGUGGUUCAUUAGGAUCGGCUAAAAUAUUAACUUCACCGAAAAAUCGAUUGAUGCAAGCAAUACCAAUAGAAAAAACAUCGACAACAUUUAAAACCAAUGUAGAUGUAUCGACACAAAGUGAUACUUUACCUUCAUCAGCAAUGUUAAAUCAAUUGAAUUUUCAACAAUUAAUCAAUAAUCAAUCAAAUCAUCAACAGAAAAUAAAAUCACAGCAAAUACAAUUGAUUUCGACUAUUCCGACAACUAAGGCAUUACAAAUACAGCAACAACAAUUAAAUGGUACGGCCAAAACCACAUAUCAACCAGUUCAACAAUCAUAUCAGCUAGCAGAUUCGUCAUCAAUAUCAACGCCAACAUCCGCAUCCACAUCGAUCAAUUCUUCACCAAUGAUGAUGAAAUUGACAAAUGAUACACAGGCACCAACAUCAUCGACUUUAAAUUCCACAGUUCAACAACAACAACAACAACAAAGCAAUGGAUUAGUAAUUGUAUCAUUGGAAAAAGGUUUGGAAACAGUACAAGAACAAUCACGGCCACGAAAAAAACAACUUUAUCAAAUAUUUGAACAAAUUCUUGAAUCAUGUUUUACUGAAUCAGAUUUUGAUCUUUUAGAAUCAUCAUUAACAUCGAUUGCUACACAUUUUCAAUUGACAAAUAAUACGAUGAACAAUAAUAUACCAUGAUGAUCAUCAACGUCAACGUCAGAAACAAAUCAUCAUUCGAUCUUCUAGUCCAUUCUAAUCCAUCAAGUAUACAUUGUCCAAACAAACAAAAUUAUCUUACAUUUUAUUUUCCCCAUUCAAACUUCUUUGAUCAUUGAAUAAUCACAGAGAUAACAUCCAUGUAUUUGAUUCAACUUUUUUUUGAUUAAUUCAUAUCCAUUUUAUAAAAAUUGAUA